AUGGCCAACGAGUCUCAAUGGCUGACCGACGCACCCGUGGUCGAGGUUGGCGGCCAGCGCCAGUGGGUGCUGGCGUGGUGGACACAGCUGCUGUACGCGCUCCUCUUCGGCUCCGUGGUAGCCGUAGCGCUGCUUGGAAACGCGCUGGUCGUGUGGGUCGUGCUGGCGCACCGCAGCAUGCGUACCACGACCAACUGCUUCCUGGUGAACCUGUCGCUGGCAGAUGCUCUGACAGCCACUUUCAACGCCGUAUUCAACUUGGUGUACAUGCUGGAGAGCCACUGGGCCUUUGGACUGCCCUAUUGCGUCUUUAGCAACUUCCUGGCCAACCUGACACUCGCUUCAUCGGCCUUCACCAUAACCGCCAUGAGCAUCGACAGGUACUUCGCCAUCGUGCGGCCUUUGUGUGGACGUCCCCGGCGCCGGCAAGCCGUGAUGACCUUGUGUGUCGUGUGGUCGGGCUCGGCUCUGCUGUCGCUGCCUACGCUGCUCUACUCUCGCACUCAGUCCUACCGCUACGGAGACCACAGCGUGCGAACCGUCUGCAUGCUCGUGUGGCCGGACGGCCCACCCACUUUUUCCACGAUAAGUGCUGAGUAUUUGUACAACAUCCUCUUCUUGGCGCUGACGUACGCAGUUCCAGUUUCUACAAUGGUUGUUACUUACUCACGAAUGAGCUGUGUUCUUUGGGGAAGCCGCUGCAUCGGCGAGUUCACCGAACAUCAGCGGAUCGCUUUGAGGAACAAGCAAAAGGUGGUGAAGAUGUUGCUGACUGUGGUCAUAUUGUUCACGGUAUCAUGGCUUCCGUACCACGCUUACUUCAUCUACCUAUUUCAUCACCCGGGUGCCGCCUACGCGGACUGCAUUCAACACGUCUACCUGGCGAUGUACUGGCUUGCCAUGGCCCAUACGACGUACAACCCUAUCGUGUACUAUUGCAUGAACCAGAGAAUUCUCAUGCUGCCAAACUGCGGAUUGCACCCACAAUCGCUGCAGUGCAUUGACAAGUGCCUGCCACCUGCGAGAACCUUCUAG